ACCUAUCUCAUCAGCCUCCAGCCGACAGCAGGUGCAAACAGAGUGAGCUUCCCUUUUUCUUGCCCGUCAACCAUGGCUGCCUCUACAAUGGCACUCUCCUCACCAUCCUUCGCCGGAAAGGCGGUGAAACUCUCUCCGUCUGCUCCAGAGCUUUUCGGAGUCGGAAGAGUCACCAUGAGGAGGCCUGGCCCCAAGCCGGUCCCCUCUGGCAGCCCCUGGUACGGCCCAGACCGCGUCAAGUACUUGGGCCCAUUCUCCGGCGAGCCCCCGUCCUACCUCACUGGCGAGUUCCCCGGCGACUACGGAUGGGACACUGCCGGGCUCUCAGCCGACCCGGAAACCUUCGCCAAGAACCGCGAGCUCGAGGUGAUCCACUGCCGGUGGGCCAUGCUCGGAGCCCUCGGCUGCGUCUUCCCGGAGCUCCUCUCCAGGAACGGCGUCAAGUUCGGUGAGGCCGUCUGGUUCAAGGCCGGCGCCCAGAUCUUCAGCGAGGGCGGGCUCGACUACCUGGGCAACCCAAGCUUGAUCCACGCCCAGAGCAUCCUCGCCAUCUGGGCUUGCCAGGUCAUCCUCAUGGGCGCCGUCGAGGGCUACCGGGUGGCCGGCGGCCCGCUCGGGGAGGUCACCGACCCGCUCUACCCCGGUGGCAGCUUCGACCCGUUGGGUCUGGCAGAUGACCCAGAGGCCUUCGCAGAGCUGAAGGUGAAGGAGAUCAAGAACGGCAGGCUUGCCAUGUUCUCGAUGUUCGGAUUCUUUGUUCAGGCCAUUGUAACCGGAAAGGGUCCAUUGGAGAACCUCGCCGACCACCUUGCUGACCCCGUUAACAACAACGCCUGGGCUUAUGCCACCAACUUCGUUCCCGGAAAGUGAGAUGUUGAAGAAAUUAAUUAAUGAGGGAAAAUGGGUCAAAUACUGUUUGCUGAUCGAUCAUGUAAAAUUGUUAAAUGGGUGUGUUGUGGUGUGGAUCAAUGAAUAUCAUUAACGAAUAUUUUGUGAUUUGUGAA